GACAGAAAGCAGCAGAGAUCUCAGCAACAGCUCAGACGCCUUAUAAAGUUUCACAGAUUCGAACAUGGGGUCAUCUCAGUCCAAACCUGAAUUUGUCACUGUUUUGGCUGAGAAACACGUAAAAGUUGGACAACCUGUUACUCUUCGCUGUGAGGCUAACACAGAAGAUUUCAUUGCCACAUGGGAGAAGAAAGGACAGAAGUUUAACUGUGUGCAGGACAAGCAUGAAAUAAAACAAACUGGCAAAACAUGUAGCUUGAAAAUUAUAAAUGCUCAGGAAGAAGACGAAGGAUUCUACACAUUAAACCUGACGAAUUACGCGGGUAGUGUCUCAUGCUCUGCCAUGGUCACUGUUGAACUCAACGAAUGGAGGACAGUCCAGUGGAAUGAAGAUCCAAUGAUCAACAAACUAAAGACCUUUAAAACUGGCAAUGACAAAGUCAGAGAGCUCCGCUUCCUUCUGUUGGGACCAGUUGGAGCUGGAAAAUCCAGCACCAUAAACACUAUCAGAACCAUUUUUGAAAGACGGCAGUUUGUCAACUGUCUGGCUGCAGGAGGGAUGUCUAAGAGUUACACCAUAUACUAUGAAAAAUAUUCAAUGGAGAAGGAUGGACAGUUCCCUUUUGCCUUCAAUGACAUCAUGGGUGUGGAAAAGGAUGAAGGGGUGCUCGAGAAUGACAUCAUCAGUGCUCUGAAGGGACACAUUAAAGAGGGCUACACGUUCAACUUUAUGCACUCACUGUCUGAAGGAAGCAAGUAUUACCGGGAAAAUCCCACCCUGAAUGACAAGAUUCACUGCCUGGUGAAUGUUGUACCAGCAGACAAUCUUGCAAUCAUUCCAGAUAAGACGGUCAAAAAGAUGAAGGCUGUCAGAGAUGCGGCAAGCAAAUUGGGUAUGCCUCAAGUGGUCUUCCUGACCAAAGUGGAUGAUACACACCAAAAGACACAGAUCAAUUUGCGCAAUGUCUACAAAAGCAAGAAGAUCAGGGAUAAAAUGCGUGAAUGCAGUAAUUUACUGGGCGUCCCAACAAACUGCAUCUUCCCUGUGUGCAACUAUCAUGAGAAGACCGGAAUCAAUGAGGACAUCAACUGCCUGAUGCUGGACGCCUUAACACAGAUUGUUGACUGGGCUAAUGACUAUGUGGUCAAAUGCUCCAACAAACAAACCCAUGUAGAAUGA